ACUGCAAAGACUGAUCACUUCGCUCCUGCGGGGUCUCAUCAGCGUCAAGCACAUAUCCAUAAUCAUGGACGGCAACAGGCGAUUCGCGAAGGAAAAGGGAGUCCACUCCUCUCUGGGGCACUACAUGGGAUCGAAAGCGCUCAUCCAAAUCAUAGAAAUAUGCAUUAGGUUGAACAUAAGGGUCCUGUCCGUCUUUUCGCUUUCCCUGCUGAAUUAUAACAGAAGCCCCGAAGAAAUACACUUCCUCUUUUAUCUAAAUCUCCUCAUUUUGAUUAACGAGGAGUUUUUCAUGAAUUUCAUAAGGGACAACAAAAUUAGAAUCAAAGUAAUUGGAAACCUUUCUUACAUCAGCGAAGCUUACAGAAAAAUUAUCUACGACAUUGAACAGAAGACGGAGCAGUUUGACAACCUUCUCCUGAACAUCUUCUUUUCCUACACCAGUAGAAACGAAAUGAGUCUGUGCAAAUUCAAUCCCAAUUUGUACUUCAAUACUUAUAAGAGCCUGCUGGAGGAGCGGGAAAUACUCUGUACUCCCUCCUCUACAUUAACAGAGCAGGACGACCCAGACAAAUGUGAUUAUUUAGAGAGCAUACUGAAGAAUGAAAGGAAUGACCCCUAUAAGUUGUUCGAGGUGGAGUGUAUAUGUGGAGGACGCUCUUUCCUAAAUCGGGAGCAAAUCAAAAUAGUCAAUUACCAUAAGAAGCUCCUCACUUGCAACCUGCCCCCUCCGAACAUUUUGAUACGGACGUCCGGCGAGAAGAGGCUGUCGGACUUUAUGCUAUACCAAAUUUCUGAAUUUACAGAAAUUUACUUCAUCAAUGAGUACUGGCCAAUGUUCAGCUUUUUGCAGUUCAUAUAUGUCAUCUUGCACUACACCAUUUUCCAGACAACGAAAUUGGAUUUUUCCUACUCCAAUCCGUGUCCACAC